UCGGCGAUUCGGAUGGUCGGAGUUCGGAUAAUUGGAGUUCUACUGUAUGUAGAAUUAGGAUCAUCAUUAAAUGUGUAUCAAUUUUGGAUUUUAAAUCAAAGUUCGAUGGUUUUCUGUAGUUCAAGUUCAUAUUCAUGCAAUAAUUUAGAAAAUAUUAUCAAUAUAUUCAAUUAUAUUCGUCAACAGGAUGGAUGGGAUUUAAAAAUGACAUAUAAAUUGAGGAUCGCUGAAAACACAUGUCUAAUAUAUCAACUAAAAAAUAUUUUAACGGAAGUGAAUAAGAAUAAUUUCAAGAUAAAAAUACCACUGAUAAACGAAUUAAUCAUUUUUAGGUACACUGAAUCUUUGAAAGUAUUUAGAUAUAUAUUAAACAGUUUUGUUAAGAAAUGCUACUCAUAUGAGUUUGUCGAUGCAAUAAAUUUUAUUGAUUGCUCUAAGAAGUUGCGGACAGCAGUACAAAAUUCAAAUACCGUAAUUCAAAAAUUAUUAUAUGCCGUUGUUUUCUUAAGUAAUAUCAAUGAAUAUCUAAAUAAUAAUUAUAAAUUAAAAUUAGUAAGUAUUGUUCGCCAAAUAAGAGCAAUAUAUUGUAUGACAUAUAAGGAACCAAAGGGUUAUAAUAAUGUAUAUAUUGCUAAUAAGGUAAUAGGAAGUGUUAAUGGAUUAAUUACUAAUACAUUAGAAAAAAAAACAUUAAUUGAACUUGAUGAAAUAAAUAAUCACUUUUUACAUUUUAAUUCAAAUUCAGUUGAUGCUACUUUAGUGGUUAAGUAUAGUAUAGACCCGAAAUUAAAAAUAACUAAGGACACUGUUGAUGAACAUGUGGCCAUUUUAGGUUUGUAUAAUGCUGUAACAAUUCAAGAUGAAUAUGAACUUUUGGGCUUUGACAAAUUGAUCGAUUCUGAUACUAAAAGGCAAAUAGAGCAGCAAAUUUUGAAUUACAAUGAAAAUAUAGAAGAAGGAGAAUUUAUACCAGAUUCUGAAUUUGGAUACGACGAAGAUUGAUUUAAAUAUAAUCGUUAUUAUAAUAAUAUUACAAAAAAAGAAAAAUUGUUUAAAAUUAAGUUAAUAAUUAUUUUAUUCUACGUAGCCUUUAAUUAAAAAAUGAUUAACAUUCAAAAAAAUGUAUUUUUAUUGAACCUGUAUUGAAACUGCAAAAUAAUGUUUAUGACAGGAUUUGAAAAACAAUGUAUUUAGUUUUAAACGAUUCAAUAGUUUUUAAUUGAUUUUUAUGUUUUAUGAAAAAAAGGUCUUUUUCUUAAUAAUGUUUAACAUGUGUUUUAAACAAAUAUAUAAUAUUGUAUUUUAAUUAAUUUAAUUAAAUUUAUGUCGAUUGAAAAUAUUUGACAAAAAAAAUAAAUACAAUUUAUACGUUGAUUUUAUAUAUAUUUUAUGAGAAUUAGUCAAACUGUUUAGGAUAUCAAAUUAAUCUAUAUUAUAAUUGAUUCUCGGAAAUUAAUGAAUUUUUUAUUUUAAACGAUAAAUGGACUACAGUAUCUUAAAUGAAAAAAAUAAAAUAGAGGGUAAAAGAGGUGAGUUACUAUUUGUUCUUAAUAGUGAUAUCUCUCGGGUAUGAUUAUAUAAGAAUAAUGAAAAGUGAUAGAAAAACAUAGUGAUUUAUUAAUGAUUACGUAAUCUUUCUUUGUUCCUACUUUAAUAAUGCACUUAAAAGAAGUAAAUUUUUAAACCUUAUUAAUUUAAUUAAUUAGAUAAUAAUUUAAUAAUUAGUACCUACCUUGAUGUUUCCAGUGAAUGUUUAGAAAGGGAAUAUAUUCAUCCUAUUCACUUAUUACAUAUGAAUUAAACAACUGAUAUUAAUUAUUUAUAUCUGUACGAUAGCUCACGAAAUAUUUACACAAUUUUUUUAUCUUUAAUGUGGACUAUAUUUCAUAGGAUAUUUUUUUUGUUUCUACACUUUACGAUACGACGUUUCGCUUUCAGCGCGUCAUUGUCACAAACGAUGUCCGGUUGCCGACUAAAAACUAGAUGACAUUUAAAAGCCUGCGCGACACCGCCCCCUACUUACUCACAUUUCAUAGAAUUUGAUAGAAUUGAAACCAAUAUCUUUAAAUGAAAACGAUAAAUUAAAAUUUGGUGCUAACAUUCUUACAAGUCAUUAGUAUUCAUAUCUUAAUUAUUUCAUGUUAAAUAAUUCAACAUUUCAAAUGAUUAAGCUUAAGUCACACCUUCAUUUUGUCACUUCGCAACUGACGUAUGAAGAUUACUAUAUAAUGACCGACUGCAAUGUGUUACAUAAGUUCAUAUCAAGCCUUCUAUGGAUAGAAAGGAAUGAUCCUCCCAAUAAAAUUAUAUUCCUAUGGUAUUAUAUAAACAUAUAAUAAUAAUUUACAGAGUAGGGUGUCUCAGGAGUGGCUUACAGAUAAGUUAAAAAAGUUUAUUCAUUGGAAAUGUUAUUAUUUUGUGGUACUUUAUUUUCAAAGAUACGUCAAAAGAUUCCAAAUCGAAUUUACCUCAAAGACAUUAUAUUCAAAAAUUUGAAAAUAUCUCCCUCAAUCACCGUAAAUAGGGAAAAUCUCCAAACAAAAAUUACAAUUUUAAAAAUCAUUAAUAUUCUACGUGUUUUCAAUUUGUUUUACUUAAAACUGCUAUAGCUUUUUAAAAAAUUGACACGGUCACAGCGUUGUCACCCGUUUAACACCCCGCUGUCAUGUCAGCUCCUUCUCAGCCUCUGCUCCACUGUACACCAAACUGUUACACACACGCGAUAUCGUCGUGGAGUAAAGUCCGAUAAAUACCUCACGUCGAAUAUCCGCUGCAAUAAUGCGUUUUGUGUCAGUAAUCUUCGUGACACUCAACCCAACCCAACCCAACCUACACCGCAGUUACGAAUAUUUUGACAUCUGCCGACAUAUCUGUACCUAUUCUUUAUUUCAAUACUAUUGUGUUUUAUCUUUUGUUUUUGUGCACCGUAAUGAGUCACUUUCUGAUUAAAUAAACAACACUAAUCGACAAAUUCAAAUUGUGUCGCCUACUUUAUUCACCACCAGUGCACUCGUAACAAAAUAAAUGAAUUGUAACAAUUUCUUUUUUUAAUAGAUACAUUAGGUAGGUAUUUGUCUAUCAUUUGGUAAAUGUUUUUAAAAAUUUGACUCUUAAGAUGCAUACAGGAGCGUAUUCAAAAUAGCAACCUAUUCACAAAAGUCAAUUUUUUUAAUUUAUAAUUUGAUAAUUUUCCCGAAAUUAAUAUCUACGAGCUCUCACUAGUAACCAAGGUACGCGAUUGUCUGUGUCUCCUUAAGUUAAUUAAAACUCAUUUAAGAAGAUGGGGACAAUUUUUGGGCAGACAUGGGGUAGUUUCCAAUUCUUGCUUUUGACCAAGAUCCCUACGUUUUAAAAAGAACCCUAAUAAUGAUGAAUGCAGAUUUGUGACAACUAUACAUUGCACCCGAGUAGAAAUAUCAAAAUGCACCUUUUAGUUUAAUACUGUCCAGAUACUGAGGCAUGUGCGAGGUGAUGUGUGGCAGCUAAUUGUUGACAAAAGAUUAAUUUAGUAAACAGAUGCAAUUUUUUUUUUUAAGCAUUAAAUUUUAUCUUUGAAAAUAUAAAUAACAUGUCCUUAAAAUUUGUUUAUACACCCGAGUAAAAAAUCAAGUGCAGUCACGGUGUCAAUAUUGUUCAAAAGACAGUUAAAACACGGUGCAAAUUACGUUUAGUGCACAGUUUUUUUCGAUUAAGAAAAGGUGAUUAUAAAAUGGUGAUUAUUACACGUAUGUGCAUCCAGAGUGUGAAUGACAGUGUAAUGAUAGUUUUACAAUGGUUCAUAGACAUUCAAAUGACUGUGCCACGACGACUAAUGUUUAGUAUAAUAACAUCAACAGAUCAUAUUCGGUGAAAAUUUUUUAAUUAGUUAUUUCAACAUGUCAUAAACACUUCUUAUUUUUGUUUCUAUUUUCUGCCUAAAAAAAAAUUAGUUAUGCCAAUGAACAAAUUAAAUAUUUUUAGCUUCGAUGCGAAGCUGAGAAGGUAUUAAUUUUACUAUGAGGUUUUUUUUUUUAUUUUUGUGUCUGUUACCACUUUUUCUCAGUUCUAACCGAACGGAUUUCUUUCAACGAUACGUCAAAAUAUCACUAAUCGUAUCUAGUCGAAGACAUUACACUCAAAAAUUGAAAAAAAUUCACUCGUUCCCCGUAAAUAGGGAAAACGUCCAAAAAAAUUACUAAUUUUCGAAAUUUUGAAAUUUUUUUUACUUAAAAUUGCCACAACUUUUUUAAAUAUAACCAAAUCAAUAUAAUUCUUUUUUUUAUAUAUAGAUGCAUCAUAUUAUUACCUUUCAUUUGAUAUAUUUUUUUUAUAAAUUUGACCCUUUCAGAUACAUUCUUUAUCUGCCCACAGGGAGGGAUUAAAAUGACUUUAUCACAAAAAAUUAACAUUUUCAACUCAACGUUUGAAAGUGUUCUGAAUAUAGUGACACUUUUAUAUAUAUCGUAAAUUAAAGAUAAUGUAAUAUACUUUAUUAUGGAAAAAAAAAUUUCGGACUGUAUUUUGUCUUCAUCGUGAAAAUAGCUACCGUAUUCUAAAAUAUGAUAUUUUUGUGUUAAAAUUCUUGGUUUUGUAUUUUAUUUUAUUAUAAGGGGAUUACACUGAUUUUCAUAAAUAUUAUAUCAAUCUAAUUGACAUAGUAUAAAAAGUUAAACAUAUUUAAAUUUUUUUGUUUCUUUGAAGUCGAGAAAAAUAACUUUAAAAUUUGAAAUAGCUAAAUUUCCAUUUUUAGUAAGUGACGAAUGCGACGUACGGUUUCUGAAACGGUAACACUUGUGUCUUUCACGUCUGUGGCACUGAAUUUUUUCUUAAUUCUUUUUGAGUUAGAAAAAAAUGUUUAACUCAUUUGAUUUUUAUCUCAUUUAGAUUCAAUAACUUCAAUAAAUAUCAAGGAUUCCAUACUGUAGACUCCUCUUGUGAGAAGAAAUCCAUAUUAAUAUUAUUUUACUACGUGGUUUUUUUUUUGUAGCUAUCAUUUAUCGUCUCACCUCUCAGUGGACCUACUUUUUGACAAUUUUUUUUUUUUAAAUUAAACACUAUCUACAGAUUUGCAAUGAAGCGUAUUUUAUGAUAGUGAUUUUAAUCACUGCCAGAUAUCAUCUAUGCUGUACCUAACUAUGCUACGACCCCACUGUACUGGGUUGUUACUUUCAUAGUUCCUCCCUUACGAAAAAAUCCUGUAUUCCAUUGCUAAAAUAAACCCAAAAAUUAACUAUGGUACAAUUUUUACCGCAUAUUGCGUUAAAUUAUUUACAAUAAUAUAAACUUAAAG